CAGAAUAGGCUUCACAGUCAGAACUUCACAGAGUUCGAAAAUCCAGGUUCAGAAAAAAGUCAUCCUCGGUAUUUUGUUCCAGUCACCUGGAUUCGACCAUGUGCAUGAUUUUUCAGCUAGGAGGUAGAACUAAUUAGGCUAGUGAAAUCAACUGGCUUAGCUCAUGGGCUGAAGAAACGCAUGACGGGGCUUCUACUUUCUCACCCCUGGACUUUCGACUUUCCACCUCUGUUCACAGCUGACAAAAAAAGUUGGAGUUGUCAGUAAAAUGAAUGGGGAAUAUCAGACUUUUCAAGAUCCGACUCGAGUGCAAUGAGGGUUCUCACUGGAGACCAGCUUCAUACGGUUGAGACCUUGCUGAAGGUUUUUUUACCACAAUCGCAGCAGGUGUAUGGUUGCGUCUUCCUAAUCAACAGAAGACAGUCUGACCCAGUCGAUGUUUUAGUGGACAAUUGGCCAGACUUCACUACAAUUCUCUGCCUACCACAGAAUAAAGAGGAAGGGGACCUCUUCAAAACCAUCUGCAUGUUUACUAAAGAUGAGCCAACCUUGCGGAAAAUCCUGGGACAGACUGACGUUUUACCCUGGCAGGAGUUUUUUUGCCUAGGUCUUGACCUGUGUCAUGAGGACACGGUGAUGUGCAUUGCAGGGGACAGACGGGUAUCGGCUGAGAAAGACGCUGUGGCCCGUCAGAUGAGACUCGAAGACCUCAGUCGUCUCCCCGAGUGGGACAGCAAUCUGACAUUAAAGCUGUCCUGUCUGGACGAGUCCCACGUCGACUUGGUGAACAGAACCUGGAAGUUCAGCCAGGGGGCGCUCUCUGCCAGAAUGAUCCGGGACAUGAUCUGUCACUUCCCCUCAUGCUGUUUGCUGGACGAGGAGGGGAAAGCGGUAGCGUGGAUUUUGACUUAUGCUAACUGUGCCCUGGGGCUACUGUACACAGCCCCAGAGCACAGGGGAAGGGGCUAUGCCACAGUCCUGAUAAGUACCAUGGCAACAAGGCUGCAUGCCCAGGGUUACCCUGUGUACUGCUUCAUCGAGGAGGAGAACCAGCUGUCCUACAGGCUCUUUAAAAAACUGGGCUUUACUGAAGACCCCUCCUACAGGGCCGCCUGGUUUACGUUCAGUAAGGUACAAAAGUAAUUUUUGUCCCCAUAAAUACUCUUUGAAGACAAAGCUUUGUAUCAUCAUUUUGGUCGAAAAGCAAUUAAUGUUGGACAAUAAAACAAUUUAAAGGGUUUCACAUUC